AUGGACCCCAGCUGCUCCUGUUCCACUGGUGGAUCCUGCACCUGUGCUAACUCCUGCAAACUCCCCUCCUGCAAGAAGGGCUGCCACUCCUGCUGCCCCAUGGGCUGUGCCAAGCGUACCCAUGGCUGUGUCUGCACAGCAGCACUGGACAAGUAUGUGUAUAAUGUAAUAGGGCAAAAUAAUUUAUUUGACAAAACUUAUCAUAGUGUGCCAGAUAUUGUGCUAGGUGCUGCCAUGUAG